CCUGAAAAAGCUCUCGUUUGACAAGCGGGGUUGUUUAUCCAGCACUUCCGCUAUGAUGGGAGUACAUGGCUUGGCGCCUUUAGCGACAUUUAUUCCCCUCGUUGUUUUUAUUUUGGGGCAUUAAUCCAUCGUACGUUUGACGUACACAUGGACUGCACUUCUUUGCCGAUUCUAAACUCGUUCUCUGAGUCUUUUUUUUUUUAGAUAAAUUAGCAUGUAUGCUAGCUUAAAAAAGUGCGAGCUAGCAACCGACCGUCUUCCAUCGAGGAAUUCCAUCCAUCCUUUAAUUUCCUACGGCUUGUCCCUUCUGGGGUCGCGGGGGGGUGCUGGAGUCUAUCUCAGCUGCAUUCGGACGGAAGGCGGGGUAAACCCUGGACAAGUCGCCAUCUCAUCCAGGUUCCAUCCAUCCAUUUUCUACCGCUUGUCCCUUUUGGGGUGGCGGGGGGUGCUGGCGUCUAUCUCAGCUGCAUUCGGGCGGAAGGCGGGGUACACCUUGGACAAGUCGCCAUCUUAUCCAGGUUAUUUUCAUCAAUACGUUUUAUCGUGUGCAACAUGGCUGACAGAAGCGAGAAAAAAACCCCGAGGAGGAGUUUGUCUUUGUCCAAAAACAAGAAGAAAAGUGGUGUAAACACGACUCCCAUCACGUCUUUCUUUAGCAACCCGCAUCCUCCUAAACUGCCCUGUCCGCUGUGUGGUCAAAUAGUUCCCAGAUCUGCUAUCAAUGAGCACAUCGAUUUGCAAUGCAAGAACUUUGAGAGAGGAGAUAGCAGUGCAUCACCAGCAAGUAAUAUCGUGGUGUCACCCACAAGCAAACCGUCUGAGUCGGAGUUGAUUCCAGAUGAGGUAGAGUCCAAAACAAGCCCGUAUUUCAAAGCAAGAAGCUCUCCCAAUGUGUCCGGGGAGAAGUGCGACAAGACUGUAGUUGGAACUUUAGAUCUUGGACGUUUGUCAUCCAAGUUAUCAAGAAAAUUCACAAAGAGAAAUGAAAUAACGCAUCCUGAUCAGAGCCGAGAGUCUGUGGAUUAUGCAAGCAACUCGCAGAAAGAAAAUUCAGAAAGCACCAUUGACCUGACAACAAGUGCUCAGACAUGCACGACGACGACAGAAGGUUUCGAGAAAGCAACAAAACUAUCUCCUAUUCAUUUGCAUCCCUCAUCUUCCACACUGUCUAAGAGAAAAUCCCCCGACAGUCAGAAGAUACCUAGUUUGAGGAAGAAACCCAAACAUGAAGCAUCCAGUUGGACUCGAACAUUGUUUGGUAAAAAUGCAGCACAGACAACCGAAGAGCCAUCUGCACCUGAUUGUAACCUCCUUUCCGACUCAGACCAAUCCUCCUCUCACGUUGUCAGGGAUUUACAAGCAAUCUCCGGGGCUGAGAAAAACAAUAACAACCAGACAGUUGACACCUCGCCCACACAAAGACUGCCAUACUACCUACGCAACUUCCAAACUGUCCUGCAGGCCGUGCUGCAGAACGAAGAUGACAGCCGCCUGUUCAACCAGGAGGACAUGACACUGGUUCAAGCCUUUGAGAAGCUAUCAGUCAUGGGACAGAAGUUGUAUGUGAGAUUGUUUCAACGAAAAUUGAAGUGGCUUCAAGUGGAUAAACUGGAUUAUGGAGAAAUAUGCAGUAACUUGGAGCCUGUUGCUCAUGAGCUGGUGCAAGGUGGUCUUCUACAGUCAGAAAAGGACCUUCACGAAGUAGCAGAAGCUCUGGAACUCUUGCCGGCCCCCGAGCUUAAAUCUCUGGCCAAGAUAUUUCAUCUGGGCAAUUGUGGCACUCAAAAACAACAGCUAGUGGAGGGGCUUCUCCGCCUGAGCAAGCAGAAGUCGCUGUUUUCUCUGAGCCAGGCUCAAAACAACAUUGGUGCCAUCAUCUUGAAAAGGGCAAAGCAGCUUGCGGGUUCCUGCGUGCGCCUGUGUCGUGGUCCUCGGGCCGUUUUUUCUCGAAUCCUUCUACUCUUCUCUCUGACGGACACUAUGGAUGAGGAGGAGAUGGCAGCAGGUGGACAAAGCCAGCUUUAUACCAUCUUGCUUGUCAAUUCAGGGCGUCUGGCUUUCCCAGAGUACACGGUGCAGCGCACUGCAAAAGUGUUUCGAGACAGAGACGACCUGAUCAGAUAUGAAGCAUCCAUGCGGACCUUACAGGAGGUCAUCCUGGCUAUGCAGUCAGGUCAUUGGGAAGAGGCAUUGGACCUUUAUACUGCUGCCAAGAAUGACUGGCAGCACCUGAAGGAGAGUCUUGAGCUCAGGUCCGCAUUGAGCUGGAGGGGGCGUGGCCUCCAGCUCCGGCUGAAUACCGGGAGUUUGUCGGGAGAAAAUUUCUGCCGGGAGGUUAUCGGGAGAGGCGCUGAAUACCGGGAGUCUCCCGCUAAAAACGGGAGGGUUGGCAAUCACCAGGAGGAGCUGCCAGUGUUUCUGCGCAGCUUCACAGCAGGAUGGGCCUACACUCGCAUAUUAUCAAGAGGAGUUGAGAUCUUACAGAGGCUACGCCGUUAUGAGGAGGCAGUCAGUGAGCUGCAGUCGUUACUGCUGCAAGAUGUUUACUGUCCUGACAGUCGAGGGCGCUGGUGGGACAGACUAGCACUGAACCUUCAGCAGCACCUCAAAAACCCCGAACAAGCUAUCUGUGCAAUGAGAGAUGGCUUGUCUGACCCACUCGUGCGAACUGGACAUAAGCUGUCUCUCCACCAGAGAGCUGUCAGGAUGAGAGAAUCACCCAGCUUUAAGAAGUACCGUCUACAGCUUAGAGAUCUCCCUACUCUGGAUGUCCAGGAUGUUAAACAUGUGACCAUUCGAGGUCAGCUGUUUCCCCAUGAAGGGGGCAUGGGCAAAUCUCGCUUUCUGGUACCAUCCAAUGAGGAUGAUUGCUCUGAUGCCACUGUAAUUUGCUCUGUGGAAGACUUGUCUUUAGCGCAUUACCGCCAGCAAGGUUUUGACCAAGGGAUCCACGGAGAGGGUUCGACAUUCUCAACACUGUUUGCCCUCCUGUUGUGGGACAUCAUUUUUAUGGACGGUAUAUCCGAUGUUUUCAGAAAUCCUUACCAGACGUGCCCACUGGACCUCUACACUGACUGCUUUUAUGAGAACCGAAAAGAGGCAGUCGAAUCACGUGUGCAGCUACUUAAGGAAGCUUCUGUGGAAACUUUGCACACUAUUUUGGAGGAUGUCUGGACCUCCCAGAAGGGUAAAGUGUGUGCAUGUGUCAACUGGGAGCGCUUCACCUCUCUAAGUCAAGCGCAGUCUCUUGUGUCAUGUAUGGGCGGAGCCUUCUUAGCAGGAGUGAUAGCACGGAUGGCAAAAGACCUCAGGCAUUGUCGUGGAGGUCUGCCUGACCUCGUCGUAUGGAACUCAUCCACUUACAAGCUGGUGGAGGUGAAAGGGCCCAGUGACCGUCUUUCCCAGAAGCAACAGAUCUGGCUGGAUGAGCUGCAAAAACUGGGCGCAGAUGUAGAGGUGUGUCAUGUGGUGGCCACUGGAGCCAGAGGAUCUCGUCUCAAAUGAAUAAAUACAAUUCUGUUUAUCUGGACUGAAUGUUAAGUAUGCCUGCUUCUCUCAGCUGUGGGGGAUAAAUUGCAGAGUGAAAUUGGAGUCUAAUUUGUUACCCUGUGCCAUUAUUUAUCUGGGAAACCACUGCCUCCAACAAAAAGGAUCAUCAUCACUCAGAAGAAGCCAGGAUCGCAAAUAGCUUUCAACAAAAGAUAUUAAGAGCUCACACAAAGACCUUUACUGAUGACAAACAACAGAUGUAAUUACAUUUUAGUAUAUUUAAUACUCAGCUCAAUAAAAUGUAUCAUCACUCUAACAUGGAAUGUAUCGGCCCCUGAAUUGUGAAACAUACAUUACACCGAACAGCCAAUUCAUCAUGGCACUUGCACAAAUUUAAUACAAUCAUUAUGAAAUUCUUUUUUUGUACUGAGAAUGCUGACCUUACAAAACAAAUAAAGAUUAGUUUUGAUUAAC